GUUUCCUUUUAUUAGGUCAUAAAGUUUACGUAGAGAAAAGUAAUAUGCCAGCAAAAUCAAGACAGCGUACUCGUAAUAAAUUACCUGUUGAGGUGGAAGAUGAAAUAAUAGCAGCGGAGGAUCAAAGUAGGAGCAAUCUGUCUGAGGACAAUGAGCCUACAGUUCCAGCAAAGAAACGACUGAUUAGAAAUAAACAAAUUCUAAAGGAUGAAGAUAAAAUAAUAGCAGUGACAGAUCAAAGUGAAAAUAAGCUUCCUAAGCAGGAAAAAGUUCCAGCAAAGAAACGCCAAAUUAGAAAUAGACAACUUCUUAAGAUUGAAGGUAAAAUAACAGCUAAAGAAAAGCAAGCUGAUAACAAGCUCCAUGAUAGAAAGGAGCUUAAUGUUCCGGCAAGGAAACGACAGAAUAGAAACAAACAACUUCUUAAGGUUGAAGAUGAAAUAAUAGCAAAGACAGAUCAAGCUGAGAGCAAACUUCCUGAGGAGAAGGAACUGAUUGUACUUACAGGAAAGAAACGACAGUUGAAGACUAAACAACUUUGUAGGGCUGAAGACAAUAUACUAAUGAAGGAAAAACUAGAUGAUGACAAGCGACCUGAAAAUGAAGAUCCAAAUAAUGCUCCACCCAACCAAGUUCCAACUAGGAAACGGCAGAUUAGGAAGGAACAACAACAACUUCAUAGAGAUGAAGACAGUGUACUAGAAGAGAAAGAACAAAGUGAGAGCUGGCUACCUGACACACAGAUACCUCGACUUACUGCAAAGAAAAGACAGGCUAAGAGUAAGGAAAAUGAUAAGGCUGAGGAUAAGGAACUAGCACAGGAAGAUAAUGCUGCAAACAAACUGACCAAGAAUGAAGAACUAGUCAAAGUUCCAGCAAAGAAACGCCAGGUUAGGAAUAAACAAAAGCAACUUCAUGACGAUGAAGAUGAAAUCAUUGCAGAUGAAAAAAACACUGAGAGUAAGCUAUCUGAGAAAGAGGAAUUAGCCAAAGUUCCAGCAAAGAAACGCCAGGUUAGGAAUAAACGAGAACAACUUCGUAAAGAUGAAGAUGAAAUCAUUGCAGAUGAAGAAAACACUGAGAGUAAGCUGUCUGAGAAAGAGGAAUUAGUCAAAGUUCCAGCAAAGAAAUACCAGGUUAGAAAUAAACAAAAACAACUUCGUAAAGAUGAAGAUGAAAUCAUUACAGAUGAAGACAACACUGAGAGUAAGCUGUCUGAGAAAGAGGAAUUAGUCAAAGUUCCAGCAAAGAAACGCCAGGUUAGGAAUAAACAAAAACAACUUCGUAAAGAUGAAGAUGAAAUUAUUACAGAUGAAGAAAACACUGAGAGUAAGCUGUCUGAGAAAGAGGAACUAGUCAAAGUUCCAGCAAAGAAACGCCAGGGUAGGAAUAAACAAAAACAACUUCAUGAAGAUGAAGAUGAAGUCAUGGCAGAUGAAGAAACAGCUAAGAAUAAGCUGUCUGAUAAGGAGGAACUAACUAAAGUUAAAGCAAUGAAACGACAGACAAAAGGUAAACUACUCAUUAAGGUCAACGUAGAUGGACUAGCAGAGAAAGAACAAGUUGAAGCCAAGCUGCUAUAUGGGAACAAGGAACUUGGAACAAAGAAACGACAGGCUAAGAAUAAAACAGUAAAGGAAAAGGAAGUUGAAAUUACAGAACAAAAACAAGCGGCAACGAAUAAAUUAUUUGUUAAGGAGAAAAUUGAUCAACUAGCAGAGGGAGAAGAACACUCUGAAAGCAAGCUGCCUGAGGAGCGUACUAGAAGCAUCACUGCAAAGAAACGGCAUGUUAUGACUAAACCGUCUGCAAAUAAGGAUGAGGAAGAAGUUGAUGAACCACUGAAGAAGUUUUCACGCAUUGAAGUCAUUACCACUGAGAAUAAGCUUGCCAAAGUUACCCCUGAAACUCUCAAGGAAGUGUCUACUACUAUGUCAAGCUCUGAUUCAUACUCAAGCAGAGCGAACAAGUAUGUUGGAAUGCAUGUGUCUAUCGCAGGUGGUAUAUGGCAUGCAUUUGCUAAUGCAAGUGCUCUGGGGGCCAGAAGCUUUGCGAUAUUCCUACGAUCACAGCGUCAGUGGGAGAGCAAACCCCUGACUGACGACGUCAUUGAAAAGUUCAGGGAGGCCUGUAAAGAUCACAGCUUCGAACCUCAUCUGAUUGUGCCUCAUGCUUCCUACCUGCUGAACUGCGGUGCUCCUAACCCUGAGAUUCUGGUAAAGAGCAGAGCUGGCCUGGUGGAGGAGGUGCAACGCUGCGAGCGGCUCGGACUGCAGCUCUACAAUUUUCAUCCGGGCUCCACCUGUGGACUGAUUUCGGUAGAGGAGUGCAUCGAGAAAAUAGCGGAGAGCGUCAACCUAGCUCACCGCAAGACGAAGUACUGUACGAUCCUGCUGGAGAACAUGUGCUGUCAGGGACACACCAUCGGUGGCAAGUUCGAGGAGUUGCGGGCGAUCAUCGACAAAGUCGAGGACCAAUCUAGGAUUGGCGUGUGCCUGGACACGUGUCACGCGUUCGCCGCAGGUCAUGACCUUGCGACGAAGCUGGGAUACGAAGCCAUGAUGAAUGAGUUCAAGGUCGUCAUCGGGAUGAACUACCUCAAGGCCGUUCACCUCAACGACUCCAAAGGUGCCCUGGGCUGUCACCUCGACCGGCACGAGAACAUUGGUAAAGGUCACAUUGGGAUUGCAGGAUUUCAGUUUCUUAUGAACGACCCACGGUUUGAUGGAAUUCCGCUUGUGCUGGAGACGCCUCUAGAUGUCUCUGAUGAUCACGAAGUCGAGAUACUGUAUGGCCUGUGUGACAACUAGUGUUAUAUAAAUGUCUGCAGCGUUUCAUGUGUGUAUUCAUUGUUCUACAGCCUUGUAUGAUACAUUGUCUGCAACGUUCUGUAUCACUUGGCAAUGGUUCCAUGUUUGUUUACUGUUCGUAUUAUUGGAUUACAUCAUAUUUUUCAUAAUCUUGUGUAUGUGCUUAACUGCGCAUUUGGAUGUGUACUUUGAUAAUAACCUUAAUUAUGCUUUGUGUAAAUUCCUGUUUGUUACACAUUCCAUGCUAUUAAGCAGAUUUAUUUUUGUAUUUCCCCAGUUAUUUAAACUCGUAUAGUUUUUUAUAUAAGCGUGAAUAUUUACAGCAAUCGAGUCGGCUAUUUGCAAAAGUAUGAGUCAUCAAUCUAGUUUUGUAUUCAAGUAUUUACUGAACACCGGGUUAGGUGUCUUAUGUCUAUUUCUUAUAUGUUAGAUAUAUUAUUAAGUAAAGGGUAAGCAUAAUAUAAGAGUGCUAGAUAUAAUCAUGGA